AAAAAAAAAAAAAAAAAAAGUUCGCUACAAGUUGCAGCAGUUGAUUUUAUGUUAAGUUUAGUACCUAAUAUAACUAUUUUAAACCAUUCUUAUUUCUACACGUGAUUGUAUAGAGCCAAUAAAUAUGGCAUCAAAAGAAUGUCGUCUCUGCCUGCGGUAUGAGCAAAAUUGUGUAUCCCUUUUUGCGAAACGGCGGGGUACCAAUGUGGCAGAAAUGGUUCGAUUUUGUGCCCGUGUAGAGAUAUCCGAGGACGACGGUCUCCCAGGGGAUGCAUGCGGAAAAUGUAUGGAAGAAGCACUGAAUGCUUAUCUCUUCGUGAACAAGUGUCGUAGAUCUGAUGCGGAAUUACGGACAGCACAGGCCAACUUUAAGGACGACAAUGAAGAAGCUCAAUCUGAGGCUAAUGAUCAACUCACAUUUAACUUUACUGGUGUUGAAACACGGAAACUUGAAAUAGUAGAAAACGAGGAGCAAGUGGUGAAUGCGGUGGAUUGCAUUACGCCUCCGGAUGAAGAUGUAGAGGUAGAUUUCCAACAAGUGGUGACGAUUCCUGAUGGGACCGAAACAUGUAGCGUUUUCAAUGAAGAAUCGGUGCAAUAUGCUACAACGGAAUUGGAAGAGGAUGUGGAGUUCACAGAUCAGCGAAAGGAAGUUGAAUCUUGUGACAGUGAAAUUCAAGACGAUGGUUCGCUGAGUCACACGGAACGGGAACUAUCUAGUGAGAAGAUGGUAGAACAGGAGGAUGAGGAUGACGAUGAUGAUCAGGAAUUCUUGGUAGAGUAUCUGGAUGAUAAUUUCAAAGAUGAUUUUACCAAUGCAAUCGAAGAAGUUGAAGGUAUGCAACAUGAUACUGAAGUAUUGGAAGAUUCGGAAACAGUACAAGACGGGCUAUAUAUCAUAUGCUGUGGAGUGCGUUGUAAGGGCGUCUUCAACAGUCUGGAUGAAAUGAAGGCACACUCUGCUGAAGUUCACUUGCCUCAGAGAGAACCUGAAUGUGCGGAAAAGCCCUAUGAAUGUAAUCGUUGCUACACUCGUUUUAACUCACAGAAGAGCCUUUCUAUGCAUUCCAGAAAAUCACAGUACUGUGAUUUUUGCUCCCGAAUAUUUGUGUCAUUGACAGAGAAACGCUUACAUAUGCAAAAGGUUCACGGUCACCUCCCCCUCACAGCAAAGAAAUCUACUGAAAGAAUUUGUUGUGGAUGUCAUCAACAGUUUGCAACUGAACAAGAUCUUCGAAAUCAUGGCGAGGAAGUGCAUUCGAUAAGGAAAAAGGCCGUUGAUGAGACAAAACCGUUUCAGUGCACCGUUUGCUACAAACUCUUCCGGACAUUUGAAAGCCUACGCAUCCACCAACGAUUCGUCUACCGACAGAAGAACUUUACUUGCACCACAUGCGGUCAAGCUUUCGUCACUCGUUCCAAGUUGCAAAACCAUGAGCUGGUCCACUCGGACAAGCGUAACUUCCCAUGCGACAAAUGCUCCAAAUCAUUCAAGAAGGAAAUCGACCUCAAAAGCCAUUUGCUACUGCAUGACGAGAAAAGGGAAGAAUGCACCUUCUGUGGCCUAAAAUUCCACCGAAAGUCCAAUCUGAAGAUGCACAUGCGAAAGCACCAGGACAUCUUCUUCUACGCCUGUUCCGAGUGCCCGAGAAAGUUCAAAAACAAUUCACACCUCAAGGAGCAUUUCAAGGUGCACUCGAAGCAGAAGCCUUACGGGUGCCGUUUUUGCGAGCGAAGUUUUUCCUACUGCACCGAUCGGUCGCGGCACGAGAUGACCCACACCGGUAACUAUCCGUUCGAGUGCACAUGUCUGAAAAAGUUUGCCCGCAAAACGCAUUACGAGAAACACGUGGCACACUGUCAGGAGAUCUCGGAGAAUGAGUAUCGGGAUUAGUUUCGUACAAUAAAAAUAGUUAUGUUAUUAUUCAAA